AUGGAGCCCUUCCUCAGGAAGCGGCUGACCUUCCUGUCCUUCUUCUGGGACAAGAUCUGGCCGGUGGCGGCGCCCGACGACGGCCUCCCCGGGCUCCCCGAGCCCACGGCGGGGGCUGAGCCCGAGCCCCCCGGCGCCGAGCCCCGCGGCCGCCCGCGCGCGCAGCUGUUCCGGGCGCUGUCGGGCUUCAGCGCGCGGGGCGCGGGGGAGCUGAGCGUCCUCCGCGGGGACCGGCUGCGCGCCCUCAGGGAGGACGGCGACUGCAUCUCGGCGCGCAGGCUCUCGGGCCCGCCCAGCACCGGGCUGGCACCGCUCAGCCACCUGGCCAGGGCCGCCGCGGAGACGGAGACGGAGCCGGAGCCGGAGCCGCUCCCGGACCGCCCCUGGUACUUCAGCGGCAUCAGCCGCGCCCGCGCACAGCAGCUGCUCCUGUCUCCCGCCAACGCGCCCGGGGCCUUCCUCGUGCGGCCCAGCGAGAGCAGCCACGGGGACUACUCGCUCUCAGGUACGCGGCGGGCCCCCGGGGUCCCCAGGCCGGGCUGCCCCCCACGGCAGGCCAGGCCCGCUCGCCCCACCCCGCCUGCCUCCAUCCACGUGCUGUCGGGGGGGGGGCACCCUGGGCUCGCGGCCCCCUGCGGCCCCCACGCGCAGCUGCCCACGCCCCCUCCUUUUCCGCGAGGCUCCGGGCGUCUGCGGGGCGCAGGGAAGGCUGGGCCGCUACCCGGCCGGGGUGGAGGGAGUGGGGCGGCCCGCACACGGCCUUCACCUGUGCCCACUGCAGUCCGGGCCCAGGCCAAGGUUCGCCACUACCGCAUCUCCACGGCCGCCGACGGUCUCUACCUGCAGAAGGGCCGGCUCUUCCCCAGCCUGGAGGAGCUGCUCGCAUACUACGCGGCCAACUGGAAGCUGAUCCGGAACCCGCUGCUGCAGCCCUGUGUGGCCCAGGGAUCGGCAGGCGGAGGCUCGGGGUGCCCCCCGCCCCCUCAGAAGCUCCCCCAGCAGGACGAAUGGGAGCGGCCUCGCUCAGAGUUUGCCCUGCGGAGGAAGCUGGGAGAAGGCCACUUCGGGGAGGUGUGGGAAGGCCUGUGGCUUGGCUCCACGCCGGUGGCCGUCAAGGUCAUUAAAUCAGCCUACAUGAAGCUGGCCGACCUCGCCAAGGAGAUCCAGACACUCAAGAGCCUGAGGCACGAGCGUCUCAUCCGGCUGCACGCCGUGUGCUCGGCCGGCGAGCCCGUGUACAUCGUCACCGAGCUCAUGCGCAAGGGCAACCUGCAGGCCUUCCUGGGCGGCCCUGAGGGACGGGCCCUGGGCCUGCCCGUCCUGCUGAGCUUUGCGUGCCAGGUGGCUGAGGGCAUGAGCUACCUGGAGGAGCGGCGCAUCGUGCACCGGGACCUGGCGGCCAGGAACGUGCUUGUGGGCAAUGACCUGGCCUGCAAGGUGGCCGACUUCGGCUUGGCCCGGCUGCUCAAGUGGCUGCAAGAUCCCUGUCAAGUGGACGGCGCCCGAGGCAGCCAACUAUCGCGUCUACUCCCCGAAGUCGGACGUCUGGUCCUUCGGGGUCCUGCUCUACGAGGUCUUCACCCACGGCCAGUGUCCCUACGAAGGUGGGCUGCGAGGGGUCUGAGGGAGGAGGCGCCCCUGCCCUGGCGGCCACUGGCGCGGAAGGGCGCCAAGCCUCCGGGGCGGGAUCUGGAGAGCCGGGCGGCGUCCUCGGUGACCCCGGGGGAGGAGAGGCCGCCCGCCAGCCCCUCUCACCGCCUCCGCAGGGCUGAGCAACCACGAGGCCCUGCAGCAGGUGACUCGAGGCUACCGGCUGCCGCGGCCCGCCGCCUGCCCGGCCGAGGUCUACACGCUCAUGCUGGAGUGCUGGAAGGGCAGCCCCGCGCAGCGGCCGGCCUUCGCCACGCUGCAGGACAGGCUGAGCGCGGCCCACGGGCGCCUCCGCCCUGCUCACACGUGACCCGCGGCGCUGGGCACGGGGCUGGGGCCGGGCCUCCCUGCGUGGCCUGUGCCAUGGACAGUAUUGGCUGAAGGCAUCCGGGGUGCCGGCGGCCUGAAACCGCCCCUGGCCGUGGGCCUCGCACCCUGACACGCCCUGGCGUGCACGCGUGUGCACGAGGAAGGCAGACGCCCACUCACACAGGAGGGGCCGAGGUCCUCGGCCGGCGUGACCUGGUGCCCCUGGGGAGGGAAGGUCCCCGCGUGGGCGUCCAGGGGCUGCCGGGCUGGUUCUGGUCCACAGAGGAGCCCUGCUCCUGGACCCUUCGCGCCCUCUUCCCGACUUUCUGUAGAGUCCCCCUGUGGCCCAUGCUGGGCUCCCAGGCAGACCCCGGGCACAGGGCACACUGGCCCCCCUGGGCACAGACCGGUGCUCAAGGCAGCACUCUGUAAACAUAGGUGGACUCAGACACACACACAGACACGCAUUCCACGUGGCCCGCGGCCCCCAAAACCACAGCGGGAGUGGGAGCUGGUUGGUCACAGCAGGACCCGGGGAUCAGGGGACCCGGUUCCCAGGGGGCUGGCCCCCCGGCAGGCCCGAGACUCCCUGAGGCUGCGACCCAAGUGGGGGACGUCAGGCCGGGUGGCUGCCCCGUGUGGGAGACCCUUGGAUGGGGCAAAGGUCAGGCAGGCAGGGUGUCCGCCUCGGUGCUGGGGGCGAUGGGAGCCGGCCUGGCUGUGCAGGGUCGGGCGGGGGCGCGGCUGGAUGCCGUGGGGUUCAGACAGCUGGCAACAACCGGCUCCUGGGAAGGCAGCAGUGGGCGUCCGGGGCGGGCCUGCCCCACCUGGGCUGAUCGCCCGCCGGUGUGGACGUCCGGGUGACACACGCGGUGCUGCUUCUACUCCCCCACCCACUCCAGUCACCAUGAGAUGGUGUCCAGGUCCUCGCCCCCCACAACCCCCGUGAUGGCAGCUGCGCCCGCAGAGGGCCCGGGGGACGGAAGGGGAGAGGCAGGGAAAGCCGCCCCUGCUUCUUGGGCCUCCGUGCAGUUCGGGCCAGCUCUGUACCCUCCCCCCAUCACAGGCCCUGCCCGAGGGCGGGCACAGGGUCACCGAGACCCCAGAGCUGGCACAGAUGCCUCGCAGGGCUGGGGAGGGUGCCGAGGUCACCACUGGCCAGGGCAGCACGGAGGGAGGGUGCAGGCACUGGCCGGCCAGGCUGGGGUCAGCAACCCCCACCUCGGGAGGGUUUGGCCUGCAGCCCCGGGACCCCUGGGUCCUGCCCUGGAGGGUGGGGGGCCCCCGGGUGAGACAAAGGAGUUGAUGCAGGUGGAGCCGGCCGGGCAGUGGCCUCUGAGGGAAGGAACGUGCUGGGCUCGGAGCUGUGCGUGGGGGUCGCGGCGCACUCCUGGCGUGUCACCAGCCACAAGCCUAAUGGGUUUGGUGCUCCGGGGCCUCCUGCUGGCCUGGGCGGGGGGGGGGUGGGCCCUCCGUCCUCAGUACCCUCCUGCUUCCCGGGUCGCCCACGGAGAUCCCGGGAGGUGUGCGCUGAGCAACUCACCGAGGUGCCGGGACGGGUCCCCAGGGCACAGGGGACCGGAGCAGAGUGCCCAGGUUGGGGGUGGACGUGCAGAGGGGGCGCCUUGCCCCCCCCCCACGCCGCCUGCUGCUGAACUUCCCGAGCAAUACACGUUCCUCUUGAUGCGCAA